AUGUCACUGACGCAACAAGGAAACGCAAACAAGGGCAUGGCACCGCUUCUCAGGCCGCGGCAGAGCCUGUCGGCAGAGCGCUUCUCGCCCUACUUCACCAUCCUCAAGAGCCAGCCGUACAACGAUCCCAACUCUAGGACGGGCGGGUCGAACAACUUGCGCUCGAUUGCAUGGAAUCCCGUAGGGACGCUGGUCGCCACCGGGUCUACCGACAAGACCUUGCGAGUUUGGAACCCAGAGAAACCUCACAUUAAAUUCUCAACUGAGCUGAAAGGCCACUUGGGAUCGGUGGAGAAGGUCGCCUUCAAUCCUACCAAGGACGCUGAGCUCUGCAGCAUCAGCAGCGACGGAGUCGCCAAGUUCUGGGACGUGAGGACCAAGGCUUGCUUCAACGAGGUCAAGGGGCUAGGGGAGGCCUUCACAUUGGCAUGGGCGCCGGACGGUCAGACUCUGAUUGUGGGCAACAAGGAUGAUUUCCGUGAAGGCAAAUUGAAUCACACGCUGACGCGCUUUGGCCUCUCUCUCCUACAGGAUGACAAUAUCUUCGUCCUUUCCCCCACAUCGCCUACCCCCUUGGCAUCUCAUCAGCAGUCGAUACAGACGAAUCAGAUUGCGUUCUGCUGGAGUGGAGAGAAGAUAUUCUUGACCACCAGCGAAGGACACAUCCGCAUUCUGUCGUAUCCUGAUUUCGAGCCAGUCCUACGGGUCGCGUACGGCGACAACGAGGAGUUCCAGCUAAGCGGGCACACGUCAUCAUGUCUGACGGCCGAGCUCCAGCCCACGGGGCGGUACCUGGCGACUGGAGGCUCCGACUCGAUCAUUGCGCUCUGGGACACGCGCCGAUGGCUCUGUCAGAGGACCAUCACGAGCAUGGUCGGGCCGGUGAGAAGUAUCAGCUUCACAUUUGACGGCAGUUUCGUCGUGGGAGGGAGUGACGAGGGAUCUGGCCUCGAGGUGACGCACACGGAGACGGGAGAGAAGAUCCACACCUUUAAGACGGCGGGAUCGUGCCCGGUGGUGGCGUGGGCGCCUACGAGGUACUGGCUUGCUUACAGCGACCUGGGGGUCUUGCGGAUCAUCGGCAUAGAUGAUAAAAAGUAG